AUGUCAUUUUCGGGUGGUAUUGGUCCUUCGUCUGAGAGCACUCAAGGAGACGCCAAAUGGCCUCCCGAAAAUGAAGCCGCUUUUGUGAGUGUUCUGUUGGACGAAGUUCUGAUGGGAAACCGUGUAACCGGUAAGUUCACACCGAAUCAAUGGACGACCAUUCUUGCGAAGUUGAAGGAGCAGUGUCCCAUUUUCUAUCCUUACAAAGUGACACAACUGCAAAGUAAGUACCAACGAAUGAAGGUGUAUUGGAGAAAGUUUCACAACAUGGUAACCAAUGCCACCGGAUUGAGUUGGGAUCCACAGAAAAAGAUGAUUACGGGAGACGCUGAUUGUUUUACAAAAUGGACUACCGCAAAUCCGAGUUAUCAUGACAUGGAGGGUAAGGUAUGCGUGCACUACGAAGCGUUGACGACUAUUUUCCAUGGGACGACUGCUACGGGCUCGAAAGCAAGGGCAUCGACUCAACGUGUGCCCGAGGGACGUGGUGAGCCAUCUGGAAAUUUCAGCCCCGAUGUUUGUACGCAGCAAGAGGAGGAUCCAAUGGAGACCCCGACAUCUCAUCGACGGCAUGGUGGGCAGAAUCGGUCCGUUCGUCGAAGGAGAAGCACAGAGUCCAGUUUCGACACCGCCAUGUACUCGUGGUCUGACUUGAAUGUGUCGCUGAAAGAAAGAAACAACAAACCCGCGAAGCUAACGACGAUGGAACAUGCAAUGCGCGACCUUCAAGAAAUGCCGAAUAUGGACGAAGAUCUUUUCCAGUUUGUUUGCACUAAGCUUCGGGAUCCCACGAAUCGAGCCAUGUUUGUUGCGAUUACUAGUGACGAGAGACGUCAACAUAUUAUUAAUAUGUGGAUUAAUGAGGGCCCCGAUCCACAGUGA